AUGUACCUGGCGUACGGGUGGCCGCAGUCGAUCCCUCUUGACCCGGACGACUCGGACCGCGUGGUCCUCCUCCGCGUGCUCGGCCGCCUCCUCCUCGCUGUCUGCCCGGCCUCGCUCCACCUCUGGUCCGCCGCGCAGCACCAGGUCCGCCUAGCCCGCUCCGACCGCUCCCCGGAGUCCCUCGCCGCCCACGGCCACAACGCGCACGCCGUGUGGAGCCCCGGCGCCAAGACCGUCGCCGUCCUGACCACUUCCUUCUACCUCUACGUUUACAAGGUUCAGCUCUCGGGGAAGCAACUGAUCGUCGGUGGCAAGCAGGUCCCGGGGCUUUGCCUGGCUAGUAUAUCCCUAAUCAUCACCGAGAAGGUUCCUCUCGCUAAUGGCGUUGCUAUAACGAGUAAUUUCGUGUGUGACAGCAAAAGCAUGCUCCUCGGACUAUCCAAUGGGCAUGUGCAGGUCGUGUCCUGGAACGCUGAGUUCUCAGACAGCUUCAAGCUUGGUUGCUCUGUGUGUUCGUCUGAGAAACCUACUGCUGUCGUAGAUGCAUUGGUGUUUGAUCCUCCCAGUUUGCGAGAAAACUCUAACGCAAGGCCUGCUCCUUGCUGCACAAGCAAUUCUUCUAUUGUCCAUGUUGAGCUGUCGGUGAAGCUAAGGUUGCUGGUUGCUUUGUACUCAGGCUGUCGCAUUGCCCUCUGUACUAUUGGUAAGAAGGGAUUAAGGCAGCCUGGCAGCAUCAGAGUGGAGAGAUGGUUGGACACUGAUGAUGCGAUGUGUACUUCUGUCGCUUCGGAGCAACAGAUUCUUGCUGUCGGGUGCAGUAGAGGUGUUGUUGAAUUGUAUGAUCUGGCAGAAAACACACGGCAUAUACGAACCAUUUCGUUGUAUGAUUGGGGGUAUUCAGUGGAAGAUACCGGUCCUGUUGCCUGUAUAUCUUGGACGCCUGACAAUUGUGCUUUUGCAGUUGGGUGGAAAUUUAGGGGACUUACUGUAUGGUCUGUGUCUGGAUGUCAGUUGAUGUGUACUAUUCGUCAAACUGGUUCAAAUUCUGCCUCAUCUCCAAUGGUGAAACCCAGCGCUCUAAAAUUUGAGCCUCUUAUAGGAGGAACAUCACACAUUCAAUGGGAUGAUAAUGGAUAUAAGUUAUUUGCUGUCGAAGAAAGCUUGUCAGAAAGGGUUCUUGCUUUCUCAUUUGCCAAAUGUUGCCUAAAUAGAGGGCUUUCCGGCACAACAUAUUCCCAUCAGGUUCUUUAUGGGGAAGAUCGAAUCCUUCUGGUGCAACCGGAUGAUGCUGAUGAACUGAAGAUAUUGCAUCUUAAUGUUCCAGUUUCAUACAUUUCCCAGAACUGGCCAGUUCUACAUGUGGUGGCAAGCAAUGAUGGGAUGUACUUGGCAGUUGCUGGCUCUCAUGGGCUAGUGCUAUAUGAUUUACGAAAUAAAAGGUGGCGGUUUUUUGGUGAUGUUACACAAGAGCAAAAGAUACAAUGCAAAGGCCUAUUGUGGCUGGGAAAAAUUGUUAUUGUGUGCAACUAUGUUGAAUCGUCAAACACGUAUGAGCUUCUCUUUUUCCCAAGAUAUCAUCUUGAUUAUAGCUCUUUACUCUACCGGAAACCACUGCUUGGAAGGCCAAUUGUCAUGGAUGUUUUCCAGGAUUAUAUAUUAGUUACUUAUAGUCCAUUUGAUGUGCAUAUCUUCCAUUUGAUGAUCUCGGGAGAAUUGUCACCUGCUAGCAACCCAGUUUUACAGCUUUCAACAGUGCGAGAACUUUCAAUCAUGAGUCCAAAGAGCCCACCUGUUUCAAUGCGAUUCAUUCCUGAACAAAAUGACAAAGGAGUGCUGAAACGAGAUACUAAUGGAUCCUCUGAUCUUUUGUCCCAGCAACCAUCAAGAUGUUUGAUCUUGCGGACCAAUGGGGAGCUUUCUGUGCUUGACAUGGAUGAUGGACAUGAACAUGCUCUCACAAACUCAAUUGAACUCUUUUGGGUCACCUGUUCCCAAUUUGAAGAGAAGGGUAGUCUUAUCAAAGAGGUUUCAUGGCUUGACUAUGGUCAUCGGGGUAUGCAGGUGUGGUACCCAUCACAUGGAGCAGAUCCUUUUAAGCAAGAGGAUUUUUUGCAGUUGGAUCCGGAGCUUGAGUUUGAUCGUGAGGUGUAUCCUCUUGGUCUUCUUCCAAACGUUGGUGUGGUUGUUGGUGUUUCUCAGAGAAUGUCCUUCUCAACUGCGGAGUUUCCAUGCUUUGAGCCUUCACCUCAAGCCCAAACAAUAUUGCAUUGUUUAUUGCGACAUCUCCUUCAGAGGGACAAGAUUGAAGAAGGUUUGCGCUUGGCAAAUUUGUCAGCAGAGAAGCCUCACUUCUCUCACUGUUUAGAGUGGCUUCUGUUUACAGUAUUUGAUGCAGAUAUAUCAAGGCCAAGUGCUUCAAAAAAUCAGGCUUCACAAAAAGUUGAUCCUCCCAAGAAAUCUCUUCUUGAGAAAACUUGUGACCUGCUACGGAAUUUUCCUGAAUAUAUGGAUGUUGUAGUCAGUGUUGCUAGGAAAACUGAUGGUAGACACUGGGCUGAUCUUUUCUCUGCAGCUGGACGAUCCACAGAGUAA